AAUGGCUCUUCUUUUGUGCUCUACUCCCCUGGCGCUCAACGCCGUGUCCUCUCGUCCUUCAAAUGUCACCGCCGCUACUCACAGGAUGCACAUGAAUCCCAUACAUCCCAAAUGUUUCAGUGGAGUGCGACUUCAACUGCCCAUGGUUGCCAAAAAGUCGGUUUCACUGGUUGUGAAGGCUUCUGAGGGUGCCGAGGCCCCUUCAGAGGUGGUACCUGUUGACAAGCUUCCCUUGGAGUCAAAGCUGCAGGAAAGGCUGGAGCAGAAGACGCGGAUGAAGCUGGCCAAGAAGAUAAGACUUCGGAGGAAGAGACUUGUGCGCAAGCGAAAACUCAGAAAGAAAGGGCGAUGGCCUCCUUCAAAGAUGAACAAGUUGAAGAAUGUCUGACCUUUACCUAAAGGUUUCUUGCAGGUUUAUCAUGUCAUUUAUUUUAUUUUUGCAAGAUCAAAUUUAUCCUGAUGUGAAUCAACUUUGUCUGUUUAAGUCUUAAUGAUAUGAUUUCUUUGCGAAUAGUGUUGCCAAAUUUGAUCUUCUAAUUAAGGAUGGCAGAAGUGCUUGUGCUUUUUCAGCUUGGCUAAUUCAUCAAGAAAUCUGGGAGUGUACAAUUUGUUUUGUCUUGGUCUCUACUCAAAAAUCUGAGCUUUGUCAAAUCAAUAUAAGAAGCAAUAGUUAAAGAUCAGGACCAGUGAUUCUGCUGAAAAUUUAGCACUGCUGAUAGUAGUAUAUAGACUAGUGUAGGCAAUGCGAUCUUCGUGCAAUAGAUCAGGACUAGG